CCGCUUGGUAAACGCACGUGUUGCGAUAUCGCACGUCCGCUGUCGUUGUGUCGUGUCGUGUCGUGAUAUGGAUUGUCGUUUGUGGUAGUGAUCGCUAUGAAAUUGUAAACAGGCCUCUGCUAUGAAAUGGGCAUUCGAGUACUUCGAUGUGGAUGCUGGUUGAUUUUACUAGUGAUAAAUCUAACCGGAAGCGAUUGGCUCAGCUGCGGUGAUAUAUCAGUGUGUAUCUGCAAAUGGUCUUCUGGCAAGAAAACAGCGUCAUGCGUCUCGGCGGGGUUAAAAGAACUUCCUCAUUUGGCAGCCGAAAUUCAAGUUCUCGAUUUGCACGGAAACUCCUUAAAAACUUUAGGCCAAGAUGCAUUUGCGAAUAUAGAAUUAUUGAAUUUACAACGACUGAAUUUAAGUAUGACAAAUCUCCGUUCUCUACAUUCAGAUACGUUCAGAGAACUGCGUAUACUAAUAGAACUGGAUCUGUCUCAAAACGAAUUAUUUCAAUUGUCACCUGACACUUUCAGAGGCAACGACCGAUUAAGGCUAUUAAUUUUGAACGAUAAUCCUUUGUCAUCGUUAGUAGUAGAGCAGUUCCCUGUGCUACAACAUUUGAAGAAAUUAGAACUCUCGAGAUGUAAACUUCAAAAUAUUCACCCAUUUGCCUUUGUGAACUUGCAAGCACUGGAAACAAUUCAUGUUCAUCAGAACCAACUUUCAUAUUUGCAUCCAAAUACAUUCAACCUUCCAGUAUUAAAAACGUUAACGCUUUCUGAUAAUCCUUGGUACUGUGAUUGUAGAUUAAGAGACUUUCACGAAUGGUUUUUGCAUAGUAAUCUUGGAAAUGAGGAGGUAUUUUGUGAAGGUCCCGAGAAAAAAACGCAUAAAUCCUGGCGCACCUUGAAAGGUAUUGAUAUGGUGUGUCCUCCUUCCGCGUAUUCUACUCCAUCUGUUAUAAGAACAGAAGCAGGAGCAGAAAUCUCUUUUGGAUGCUUUGUACGAGGUGACCCAAAGCCCACAAUUACAUGGACUUUUCAUCACAAUGAAAUUCAUAACAAAACAUAUAAACAUAGUGAUAUAUUAGUUUAUAAAUAUCAAGCAGAAUAUUUCGAUGAAUAUAGAGAUGACUUUAUAAACAAGAGUGCACAGUGGGUUAAUGUAACUAUAACUAAUGUAACUAGUGACUUAUCUGGUGAGUGGAAGUGUAGUGCAAAGAGCCCUGUAGGUGAAGCAUCUGCUUAUUUGACGUUAUUCUUACCAAAAGCUCGAACAGCUACUGCUCGUGUUGCACCAGACUACUCGACCUUCUUCAUUUUAGCUGGUUCUAUGAUAGCCAUGACUAGUGUAGGUUUUAUAGCCGCCUGUAUAUGCUGGAAAACUAAACGUCGAAGAAUGCCACCAAGCAGGAGUUUUACUGACCAAGAGAAGAAGUUAUUAGAUACAUCAUUGGCAGCUAGUUGUGACAGGACUAGUGCUGACUUAGGAUCCUCUUAUGGAUUUGAAAUGUUGGACAGAUCUAUGUCUUUAGAGAGUGAAGAUACGCAAAGAUGUCUUGAACCAGUGCAAAUAACAAUAGAAGGCCCUCCAGGAACAUUUCCGCCACCUCCAGCAGAGUUUGCUUUACCAGCUCCCUAUGGAAAUAUCUUUAUAUCAGUUCAAGUUGCUGCCCAUAACGAUAAAUAUCCAGAUUUAUUAGGGGGAGGAGCCACUUUGCCUAGACGAAGUAGAACAUGUUUCCUAAAAUCGGCCUACGAUAAUAUGGGCCCUAGAAUCACUGCUGCUGGUAGCUCAACUUGGUCUCUUCCAGAUGCUAACGCAGAUAAUGUAGGAGUAGAUAAAGACAAUGAUCUAUCCACGCCUCUGUCGACUUUCUCUACUGAAUUUACUGCCCUGUAAAAAUAAUCUUUAAGUAUAAUGUACAGAAUUUCAAUUGUUUUGUGUGUAUAAAUGAACGAUAAAAUCUAUUACGUAACAUAUCAGUUAAAUAGAUGUUAAUAUAAUGUUUUUGUCAUUCAGUUAGUUUAUUAUGUAGAGAAAUAAUUAUGUUGUAUUCAGUAUUUCAUUGAAUAUAGAAAAUAGGACUGAUUAGAGUGUAUACGAUAUCAUCAAUUCUAGAUAUUAAUUUAACCACAUCAUGACUUUAUCAUGAUCAUCACGAUAUCAAUCAGAUUCUACGAUUAAUGACCAAUAUCAUUAUUAGAUUAUUUUUCAUAUUUAAUAUUGCUUCAAUUUUAAAUAGUACGUAUAUAUUAAUUUGUAUGUACACGAGUUUAUUUAUAUAAAUAUAAGUAGUACUCAGUUCUUUUUGAAAAAUACACACCCUAGAAAUGACACGCUCAGUUUUGUUUGAAAAAAAUAUAUGCGUGAGCCAAAAGUCAGCCAUUUCCUUUUUACCAAUUCUUUGAUACUCAACGCUUCAUGUUGAGGUACCUAUAUGAUCUACGGUAUUAUAAUACUACAAUAAUAAUUUUUAAUCUUAAUUUUUUCAUGUAUUUAAAAAUUUUCAAAUACUUUUUUAUUUAAAAAUAAAGGAACUAUUUAUUCAGCUUUGCUGACAAAUUUAGAUUCCUCUAAAUCUGUAUUUUUAGUUACUUUAUGUAAAGUUUAUUAGAUAUUUAACAAAGUUAAAAAAAAAACAUGUUGUAAUACGAGUUAUUUUAAAUCUAAAAAAAAAUACGAAAUUUACGUUACGUUAUGUAAAUAUACAAUUUAUUAGCUUUGUUGAAAUUAUCUGUAUUCAAAUUUACAUUCUUUUAAAAGAGGCAAGUUUGUAAAACAUAUUGAAGAUGUCUUGUCUAAAUUAUAAUUAUUUUACUGAACGAGGCAUUGUCUUAAAUAUCUUAUUAUGUAUCUUUGUCUUUUAUUAUUCUAAGAUUCAUUCUAAUCAAAUUUCCAAUUAUUUCCCCCAAAGUAAUUAAAGUAAUACAAAAAUAAUCAAAUCUGUCCAAUCAUUUCCAAGUGAUAUUCUUACCUGCAAAUAGCAUUUAAUUUUGAUUUAUAUAGAUAAAAGAAAAAUAACUGAAUAACACGUUUCACUAGUGUGGUUGCGUAAGUAGCUCUGAUAUGCAUUUUUUUUUUUAUAUUUAUCAAAUAGUUAAUAUUAAUUCUUUAAUAAAUUGUAUAUUAUUUCUUAAAUAAGAGUUAAAAAGAAUCUAUACCUGUAUAUUGAACGAUAAUUGUAUGUAUUUAUAAGAUUUUUUGAUCGAAGUUCAUUGCUUUAAAUUUUAAAGAGAGAAUAAAAGAU